UCAGCUGUAGGAUGAGCCUUGUUAGUUGUAUUAUCAGUUUGCACAUAAAUAAGCUGUUGUGUGUAGCGCUGGGUGAAAGGCACACGAGGCUGGUAAGGCGUUAAAUUACAUAUUUCUCGCAAUAAGUAGUCGACAGUUCACGUAGAUUCAACAUUUGAACCUUUGCCACAACUCCAGUCAUUCGAGAACGUGCAUUGAAUAUUUAUACCUAUACAAUUCACAGAGGGGGUUUCAAGAUGUUUUCAAGGCAUAUACAAUCCUGUUUGUCGAGGAGAACGAUGACAAGCGCCUCUCGGCGCACAACCAUGAGAUAUGCCGCCCGAGGGUUUGCAAGCGCCACUUCGCAGCAUACACACACACAUGUGCGUUCACAGAGAUUGGCGUUGAGGGGUAUUAGUGCUGUAACGGGUGCGUGUCUGGCGACGUAUGUAUAUUCAAGCACAACCUACCCGGUGGCAAAACAGGAGGGACUUCUUAGUAGUGCUACAGAAGCAGAUGCGAGUAAGGAAGGGGCGGGCAUACAUGAACUCACACCCGAGGAGACCGACGAGUUAGAGCCGUUCACAAUGGAUGAAGUGCGCGAGCACGCGAAUAAAGACGAUUGCUGGAUUAUUAUAGACGGUGUUAUUUACGAUGUCACGUCGCUGUUAAGCCAACAUCCGGGUGGCCAAGCUGUCCUUCUAUCCUUUGGUGGAAAGGAUGUGUCCGCAGAGUACCAUGCGAUGAAGCAUUCCUCACAGGCACAGGCCAUGCGCCCGGGGUUAGCGGUAGGGCGUCUGAUUCUGGGUGCGUACACGCCGGUGAAGAUCAUGACCGAUAUCGAAGAGAUCAUUGAGGAGAAGGCUAAAACACAGAAGAAGCGACUGGUUAUAGUAGGCGGAGGUAUAUGUGGGGCGUCGGCAGCGUAUUUCCUGUCGCAGAACAAGACAUUCUCAGCCGAGUGGGAUGUUGCGCUGCUCGAGCACGAUCCGAUUGUGGGAGGGACUGCACUGAGGAGUUCGGCGAUUAUGUGGCUUGGUCCGUUGCUCGAGAAGACAGAGAUUGAGGAGAAACCCAAUGGCGCUAUUGAUGUCAAUGUGAGUCAGGUGGGGUCAACCAAACCUCCCAUGGGUCUUACACAGUGGCUUGGCGAGGAGGCGUACUUGUUUUUCAAGACAAUGCAGGCGGAAUGGGGUGAUGUGGAGUUCACGGAUAAGGGUACCAUUGGGUUGGUAGAAACCGAUGAACAACUCGAAGGUGCGCGCGCGAUAUUUGGUGCGGAUGGGAAAGUACGGGGUGCGGAGAUAGUCACGGAUAAGGCUCGUAUGGCAGAGAUAGAGCCGGCCAUCUCUCCCGAGCAGUUGAAGGCUAUUGUGUACCAUCCCAGGGGUGCAACCGUGGAUCCGUAUAUGGUGUGUGAUGCCUUCGCAAAGAGAGCUCAGGCGAAUGGGGUCAGACUGUUGCUAGAUCAUGCAGUGACAGACAUUGCGCCUGUAGAGGACAGUAGCAUGAACUACCGCGUGACGUGUGAGAAUGGAGAGCAGUUGGACGCGGAUGUGGUGGUGAUCUGCACGGGAUGGAAAGCGAAAGAGCAUGCGGCGAUGAUUGGGUGUGAUGUGCCCGUCAAGGCAAUGCACGGGCAGAUGUUUGCCAUUUCGCACCCGGACUUCAAGCUCAAUAACAAUGUCUACGGUCUCGAGGGAGUGACGUACUGGCGCAAGAACAAGGUCAAACACCAGACCACCCGGGAGAAUACAGCACCGUACAAACGCAUUACUAGCCACCUCUACGGCGUGCAGCUGGCGAAUGGUGUAGCCAAAUUCGGGGGCGAUCGCGUGCAGGCCAACCUGGACGGGAUAGUGCUAGAAGAUGGCAUCGAGGACAACUAUAACACAGUCACACGGCUGUUCCCUCAGCUCAAAGGUGUGCCUAUGCUUGGUUCGUGGUCAGGUGUGAUGCCCUUCACACCGGACCAGAAAAUCAUCUGUGGUGCAUUGGAUGACACUGGCAAGGCUUUUGUGCUGACGGGGUCGGGCUUCAUGAGGGGUCUAGCAUCCGGCAGACUAUUGGCCGAGAGUAUCACGCGCGUGCACGUAGAUAAUCUACCUGUGUAUGGUAUCGAUACAGAGAGUGUAGAAACAAAGGCGAAGCGAGACGAGAUCGACUUCUACUUGGAUGAUUGCAGUCCGCAGAGGUUUGCUAAGCAGAAGGCUGCGGCCGAGGCUAUGGCGGCAAAAGAAGCAGAGGCAGCCUGAUCGUGGAGAUGUUAGUUGUGCAAGAGGAGCGGAAGCCAACAACGGCUUUUGAAUUGGUAGAACGGAGAUUUUUAGAGAUAUUUAAAAUAGUGUACGCGGAGAUACGAGUGCUCAAUAAUUUAAUUAAUGCGGAUACACGCGCCCUUUGAGCACAGAAGAAUGUAGUUUAGAUGAUGGUGAAGUGUUAUGUUUGUUAAGUGACCGUGAACACCGCCGACGACAUGUGUUUUGUAAACACGGUCGAGCUGGCUAGACACGAUAUGGUGGCGCAUUGUGCCGAGUGCACGAAUUGUAAUGAGAGCACAAUGGUAUACAUGAUAUAUUGCAACGAGAGGUAACUGCUUGUACUUUUAGUGAAGGUUACAAUCCUAUACAUUUGAAAAUGCGGCGAAGUGGAUGUAGGGAGGGCAGAAAUCGUGUGGCUGUCUGUGUAAGUUGGUAUGUAAACGCGAUAGCCGACUAUGAAAGUGUCGUGUAUUCGUCGAAACUGACAUGGCGUGUCAUGAUGAGGGUUUCGUGCCGGGCUGAAAAAUCGCGACGGCAGAUAGCACAGAGGAUGAUGUGUCCAUUGUUUCAGGCGAGUUAUCUUUUAGCGUAUGCGGUGAUGAAGGUGCAUAUACACAGAAAAAAUAUGAAUUUAGGAAUGAGUCAUUAUCAUAUGUGCGGUGUGAAUAACGUUGAGACAUCUGUAUUAGGCCCUAUUGGAAGUAUGAUUCUAAACGACAGUAUUGAGAAUCAGUGGUAAGGCUCACAUAAACCAAUCAUACAACCGUCAAAGUCAAAGUUAAUCUUAUCACGAGCUAUUACUUCCUCGAGCACGAUAAAGUAGUUGGAGCCAAUGAUAAUUUCGGCUAUACGAUGGGAUAUCCAGUUACUCGCAAGACUCGAUCACUGCCUGUAUGUAGAAAGAUCACGUGUGCACUUCUAUGGUUUCUUCAUGGUAUUUAUUGGAUUUCAAUGAGAUGGUAUUCGAUGUUCGUUUGAUUUCGAAGCUAUGAUAUCUAUUGCAUUGGAGAGCAUCUUGCAAUUGUUGGUCAAUAAUGUAUUCUUCGGUAGCCGGCCUGGCCGUUUUGUAGACUUAGUACAGAAAUUUUGGACAUAUGCUAAUCUGUCACUACGUCUGUGCUGUUCGAUUGUAGCUUUGGUAAAUGAACUUGGUGGUGCAACACCUGAAGUAUUUACAAUAAGUCUCUACUUGGAUUUGGCUGUGUAUUUUUUGAAGCUGUUUGUACAGUUUGACUUCACCAUCAAAACGAAGCAAUUACGGAGAGCAGUUCAGACUGUAUCUUCAUCACGAUAUAGGCUGAAACCUUGAACCAAAAAUGUAGUUAAUAAUUCAACAAGAUUAGAUGGGAGGAAACAAAUAUAUUUCCUGUCUAUUUUUUAAACGGCUAUGUUCAAACACGCAUGAAGUUCAACUAUUCACGAUAUUAUGGCCGACUGUAUCUUAAGCUAAAUCGCUUGUAGCUAGUAUACGAGGCCAUAGUUUUACCGACAUCUCAUACCGCCACACACACUGUGCUUUGAAAUGUAAUUUCUGCGAGAGAAUCAAACAAGCAUGUUACAUAUAACAUACAACGCAAUCCGUUACUGGUAUGUACAAUGUAAAUUGAAUGGCUACUAAGAAGUCAGGGGUUACCCUUCAAACGAAUGGACCCAUCGUUGGAGUAGUGAUGAUUCAAUGAUUCGUAUCUAAGGAUCUAAUUGACUUGAGUUAAAAAUUGCACCAUAUAGAAUCAACAUAGAACUAUAUAGAUUUUUAUUUAACUAAACCGAAUGUUCACCUUUCAAGAGAAACCCCCAACUACACUCUGGCCUUGGCAAGGACUAAACCCUCAUCUAUGGUAUCGUUCACACAUGCAGAAACAUCCUCGGCAGUGGGGUAGUUGACAGCGUCAUCGCAAGCUACCAUGGGGAAAACAAAUCAUUAACGAAAUCGUUGGAAACAGUAUUCUCCACAGUUUGGGCUGCAUUGCACUCGGCCAAUUCAGUACUAGUGGUGCUGUUUGCAACACAUUCCUCGACGUCGAUAGUGAGCUCGGUGAUACCAGCAUCAAUUACUGCGCUAUUGGGAACAUUACCUGGAUGUUAUCCCAUAGAAGAUUACCCUCGGUAGCUAAUGUAGACUCAAUGCACCCUAGCAGACAUGUAUCCGACGAUGCACAUGGCACAAGUGUCUCCUUGAUACUCUCUAUGAGUUUAGGGGCCAUUGCACUGACGAGUGCUUGACGGGGAGCAAUGCUGCUAGCAGACACCAAAGCAACAACCGCGGCAGAAAGGAAAGCUUGGGAAAACAUGAUAAUAUUAAAUUUGGGUAAUAUACUUU